AUGAAUGCUAGAGAACUUAGACAAAAGCGAAAACAAUGGAAAGAAAAUAGUAAAGUGUAUAGGAAUAAAAAAGCUAUAGCACACCAAAAUUUUCAAAGAAUAAUUGAUGUUACACCUCCACCAAGUCCAGUAUCAGUUGUGCAGCAAAUUAGAGAAGAUGUAGCUGCUCGAAAUAGACGACAGAUGCGAAGGCGACGAGCUAUUUUGUAUGCUAAGAUUGCAAAUUUGGAAAAAAAAUUGAAGAAUGCAGUGAAGUUAAGCGAAAAAUAUAAGAAGAGAUAUUUGAGAAUUAAAACAAAAAAAACUGACCCAGAAUCGCCUGGAACUAAAGUAGAUGCGCUUCUAAAGAAUGUAAACGUUCCUGAGAGUGUGAAGAAGAAAUUACUUUUUGGAGAAGCGUUAACAAGAGAUCUAGAGACUAGUUACAAAGAUCUUGGAAAGAAACAUGAAAAAAAGAAAAAAUAUUACGAAAUGUUGAAAUUGAAAUCAUUGCAGAAAUAUAAGUUACUUCAUGCAUCGAAACCUUUUUUUAAACAUGAUACUUACAAAAGACAAAAGCCUCGAAAAAUAAGCGAUAAAAUGAUGAAGGUAAAGGACGAUGUAAUUAAAUUUUUGGAGAAAGAUGAAAACUCAAGGAUGUGCCCGGGGAAAAAAGACUAUCUUAAAUCCAAAAAUGAUUACAGUGAAAACUAUUGCUGUAAAUAUAACGAGGAAAUACAAGCUGUCCACUUUGGUGGAGGAAGGAAGCAGAUAACAAUGCAUACAGGAGUGCUUUACUUGCGCAAGGAUAAUGCAAUCAAACCUGUAUCCUUUUGUUCUCUCUCUAGUGACAAUAGACAUGACACAAUGGCUGUUUGGGCUCACUUGAAACCCAUAUUUGAGUGGAUAAAAACACAACAUUUACCUAUUUCCCGAUUACAUAUGUUGAGUGAUGGGCCUGUUAAUCAGUACAAAAAUAAAUUUAUGUUCGAAAUGGUGUGUCGCCAUCUAAAAGAUCUCUAUCCAGAAAUCACAUACUUUUCAUGGCAUUAUUCUGAACCCGGGUACGGUAAGGGAGCGCCUGACGGUGUCGAUGGAACCCUGAAACGGACAGCUGAUAAAGUCGUAGCAGAAGGCCAUGAUAUCAUAGACCUGAAUUCAUUGAAACCUAUCCUUCAAUCCAGGUGUCCUUCUAUUUUAUUGUUUGAAGUUACCACAGCAGAUAUUUCGCUGAUGGAUGAUCUCAUAAAACAGUCCAAGACUAUUCCUACUUUCCGGGGAGCACAAAAAGUACGCCAGUUCGCACCUUACAGUGCAGAAGACUUUGAUGCAUAG